AUGAAAGUCAUUCCAAAGAUUAAACUCUUCUUUUGGAGGGCUCUGACCAAUUCCCUGCCCACCCUUAAAAACCUGUUUCAUCGCAGAAUAAGGGCUAAUCCAGUUUGCUCUUUAUGUAACUCAAGUGACAAGUCUGCUGAACAUGCUAUUCUCCUGUGUCCUUGGACUGCUUGUAAGGGAGGAAUAAGGAAGUUCUUGUCUUGGUGGGUAUUACUUGUUGGGAAAUCUGGAAAGAGAGGUGCUCUGCUCCUUUUGAAGGUCGCUCCCCGUCCUUAUUCUGUUAUUAGAAGAGUUCUUUCCUUAUGGGGGGAACUUCGUCCUACUUUGGAAGCUAUUACGUGUCCUACUCCCUCAGCUUCUCCUCCCCAUGCUCUCUGGAAGGCUCCUCCUCAACCUUAUGUUAAGGUAAACGUGGAUGGAGCAUGGCACAAGAACUCUCUGCAGGGCAGUGUGGGUUGCUGUCUGCGUGAUUCUGAGGGUAGAUUGUUGGCAGGUUUGAGUAAGGCUUGUAUCGGAAACUCUGCAAUCGAGGUGGAAGUUGAAGAUGUUUUGGAGGGGUUACUGUUAGCAAAAGAGGAAAACUGUCAGAAGAUCAUACUUGAAAGCGAUUCAAUGGAUGUUAUCUCUUGUAUGAGAAACGAAAAUCUGCGUGGCAACUGGAGAAUUAUCCCCCUCAUUUUGGAAAUCAGAAGGCUUUCUUCGAGGUUCAUCUCAAUUAAGCGGGAAUGGAUUUCUCGCCAAGCAAAUCAAGCUGCCCAUGCUGCAGCAGCUCUGUCAAACAUGAGGGUGCGAUCUAUGCGUUGGGCCUCACAGCCUCCUCCCUCAUUGGUUCUGGUUUUGGCUAAGGAUGGUUUGCCAUGCCCCCCUAGUAGUUAA